UGGAAGCUGUGAUCGAUGUCCAAUGUAGAGAAAGUUGAUUUCGUAUUCGUAUCGAUAAAAAUGGUUACGAUGUUCGUCGUUUGCAUUUAAUACGUAAAAUUAAACGUAUAAUGAAUUAGUUUUAGAAUGAAAAAACAAUUAAUCGCGAAAUAUUACUUCAGAGUUUGUUUUUAGUGUGUGCUUCAACGUUACACGAUGGGACGAUCCGAGAAACCAGAAAAAAAACACGCCAAAACACCUAAGGAGAAACGAAGAAACAUGGAAAGAAGAAAAGAAAAGUCGAGAGAUGCUGCCCGGUGUAGACGUGGUAGAGAAACUGAGAUAUUCACCGAUUUGUCAUCGUUAUUGCCUAUUCCUGCUUCCAAAGUGGCACAUUUAGAUAAAGCAUCGGUCAUCAGAUUGGCUAUAUCACUUUUAAAGAUACGGGCUGUUGUCGAUUCGUUACCUACCAAAGAGGAAAAAGAAACCAAAAUCGAAGGAUGUAGCAUGGAUUCUUUGUUUGUGGAUUCGUUGGAAGGUUUCUUAUUAGUAACCACAGCAGAAGGCGAUAUCGUAUACAUAUCGGAAAGCGUUAAUCGUUAUUUGGGCCUGCAACAGGUCGAAGUUCUCGGACAAAGUAUAUACGAAUUGAGCCACCCUUGCGAUCAUGCCGAAAUAAAAGAAAUGUUAUCCACCAAAGACGUCAACGUCCAAAAAUCUUACUUCCUUCGAAUGAAGUGGAGUCCAAAAGGACGAUCGGUUAAUUGUAAUAAAGCGACUCAAUAUAAGGUCAUUCACUAUACCGGUCGUGUAAUGCCAACUAAACCACCUCAGGUCGAUCAAGACGCAAAUAAUAACGCUGCUACCUCAGAAGACGGCGACUCGAACUCGAUCGUGGCCAAUACUCCGGCUUACCAUUUCAUCGGUAUAGGCGAAGCGAUUUGGCACCCGGCUAAUAUCGAGAUACCUCUCGGAAUUAAUACUUUUCUGAGUAAGCACUCGCUGGACAUGAAGUACACGUACGCCGACGAAAGUAUUGAGGUAAAGAUUAUAUCGGCACUGGGUAAAUGUAGCAAAAAGACGGAUUUACGAGUGCGUUUAUCGGUGAACGCCUUUUAUAGCGUGCACUCUUUGGAUAUGAAGUUCGCAGAAGUCGAUAAUAGAAUUGUGGAAUUUUUCGGCUACAAUCCGGACGCGCUGAUUAAAAAAUCCAUCUACGAUUAUCAUCAUGCUCAAGAUACGGCGGUGAUAAAAAACUGCUUCAAAAACCUUUUUGAAAAAGGUCAGUCGCAGACGGAACGAUAUAGAUUUUUAGCCCUCGGUGGCGGUUAUAAGUGGGUCGUGACUCAAGUCACGUUAAUUUAUAGUAAUAAUCAAAAGCCAUUGAGCGUCGUUUGCGUCAACUUCAUCGUUAGCGAAAUCGAAAACAAAAACGAGAUAUAUUCGUUGUGUCAGUUAGACAACUCAUGCACUCCGCUCACGCCAGUCGAUUCGCCGCCUCGUAGCCUUACCGCCGCCACAGCCGCCGCCGACACAACAUCUACCUCUACCACUACAGCCGCAGCCUCAUCAUCUGCAGCCGCAGCCGCAGCCGAAACAUAUCUGUACGAAAAUUCGCCUCAACGUCUGAUCGAGAAAUUACGCAUCAAUCCGUCGCCGUCGCCAUCUCCUUACAGCAGCAGCAGCAACAACAAAAUCACGGUGAACGCCACCAAAAACCGAUAUUCUACCGUUGCCCCAGCCACCAAUACCCAACAACAACAACGUACCGCUGCUGCCAGUACCGGCGCUAUCAAAAACAAGAAACAAUCUUCCGGCUGCGUUGUUAAACAGCAGCAGCAACAACAACAACGUAAAGUCGAUGCCGAACCAUUGACCAGCAGCGUACCUUUGGGCAUCGAAGAACUGUUGCUGGCCAGUAGUAGCAGUAGCAGCGGAAGCAGCUGUAGCGAUUCCGAUACGUCAGCGUCGCCUCCGUGUGCAACUUUGGACGAAUACUGGUUGAUGAACGAAGAUCGUAGAAAGGAUUCGGUAUCGUUUUAUGGUCUUUCGUCGUCCGGCAGCAGCAUCAGCAGCGAGAACGACCAUUUGUCGUCGUCGCCUCCUUCGUCUUCUGAGGCCGAACAGUCGAUUAAAAUCGAAAAUAUUCAAUCUAAUGAGUCUUCUGCCGCCCCAUCAUCGCCGUCCGAUGAUAGCAGCGUCGUCGUCGUGAAGGUAUCCGAUAUACCCAAACCGGCAACCGUUAAUGUUUUUGUACCGUUUACCGAGGAAAUGAACAAAGGAUUUUUGGGAUUGGAUGAUACUGGACUUACGAUGCUCAAAGAAGAUCCAGAAGAUCUAACGCAUUUAGCGCCGACAGCCGGUGACGUUUGCGUGCCUUUAGACGAUAACCCCAUCGAUUACGUAUUGCCCGAUAUGCUGGACGAUAUUAUGUUCUCCGAUUGCCGCCUGUUGUCCAGCGAUACGGACAGAGAUCUGUCUUCGUCGUCGCCAAAUUCAUUCUUCAGCUAUACUAGAGAUGAUCUCGAACCGUCUUCAAGACCUUUAUCGCCUAUAUUAACCCCUCAAAACGAAGAUUGCAGUAUUCCGUCAUUUUGCAGCGACGAUUCUUCGUUACACGAUAACUCGGUUACUCAUUUUCUGGACUUUAGUCUAAUAAAUCCCACAGACGAUAUCGACGAUUUAUCGGGAAAAUCGCCUUAUAUACCAUUAUCACUGGAUCAAGAUCCGUUACUGCCAUUUGUCACGAACGAUUUUAUGUGGGGAUCGUCGUCGGGAGAAUCUUCCACGUGGUCUUCAGAGCCAAGUUCUCCAACAUCCAAUUGUUCAUUAUCUCCGCGCUUAGAUCACACGACCAGCAGUUUGGCGAAAUUAUUAAAGGCCAAGCCUAUAUGUAAUUACGACGGCGGAGGAGACAGAGACAACGAGCACCGUGGCAGCAACGGCAACGCUAACCACGCCAACGCCGCCGGUGGAGCAGCCACCAAACACGCCAAUAAUUUCGGCAACAACGUCAAUAGUCUGGCCGAUCGUAAUUACUCGAGUAUCGGUCAUUUCAAAACGGUCGCGUAUCAUCGUAAUGUAAACGUCAUUACCGAGAUGAAACGCAGGACGAAUAAUACCGCGAAAAAAGAUACGUGCAAUAAUCGUUCGACGGACGAUAAACGCGCCAAAAACGCCCAUAUCGCGGCGGGCAGCAAACGUACAGUGUCCGAGAACAGUUGGGGCCGAGGCGCCAACUCGUGCAAAAGAAGUAAGCAAACUUCUCGAACGAUAAUCGUGAACGGAGCAGCCGGAGGAGGCGGUGCUGGCAACGGCAACGCGAAUUCGAAUACGGCGGGCAACAGGAGGAUUCAGCAGGAAUCUGCGGCUAUGGCCGAGGCGGUGGCUAAACAGACGAAUAGCGUUCUGAUGAAUCUACUCGUGAGCGGAUGUGAUUUAAACGCCGGAUACGAUGAAGAUUUCAAAGAUACGAAUACGAGACGUAGCGUCGACGAUGGCGGCGGCGUCGUCCGAUAUUCCAAUCCGGCCCACCAGCAGCACCAGCACCAGCACCAGUCGAAUACAAACAGUAAUAAUUACCAAGCCAAAAACAACAUCGGCAAUGGCAACGGCUCACUCGACUCAAAAUGUUGGUCGCCGUUCAAGAAGAAAUCAGCCAACUUGUUCGACUCGGAGAGCAGUCAAAUACCGUCGCUAAUGGAUUUAACCGAGCAAGAUUACGCUGUGAAUGCGCCAUCAGCCGGAGAACUGCUGCAGGGAUGCGAUCUCCUCAAGGCGCUGGAAUGCACUUCCAUUAUUUGAUUUCGUCCGUCGUCACGUCGGAGUUUUUUGAACCAAUUUUAAAGCGUUGACGCUGUGUAUAUUAUUGAGAAACCUGUCUGUGAAUUUUGAACGAUAUCUGUGGCAUUGGCGCGCUUACACGUUCUCUCUUUAUUUUGCAUUUUUUUUUUUCAAAAAGAAACCCAGCAGAGGUACAUAUAAAAAAACCAACCAACAGUGUACUGAAAAGAAAAGGGCAGCGUUUUGUAGUUGAUAAAAGAUUUAAUAUUUUAUAUUGUAUUUUCUUUGAUUUUUAUAAUAUUCUUAAGACUCUAAUUAUUUUGUAACGUAAAGCUUUCUAUUCUAAAUAACUUUUUCUUUUCUUUUUUUUUCUUCUAAUUUUAAGAACAAUUUUUUUAAAACAUUCGUUAAUAAUAUUGUAUGUUUGUGUUAUUGUGAAAGGAGGGAAAAAAUUGUUGUAAGACCAUCAACAUCGUCAUCUUUAUUAUCGUUGAAACAUAUUCGUACACUUUUAGAAUCUCUGCGUUUCGUUUAUAUGAAUUCCCCUCCCCCUACCUUGAUUUCGUGUAUCCAGAGGUGCCAUUUUGUAAACCCCCCCUUUUCCCGUUACUAAUGAUUUUGUUAUCUAAAUGGAACGAUUGUGUUUCUUAUUUCAUGUUUUCUUGUUUUUUUUUUUUUUUUUGUCUUACCUUACCUUGUUUUCCGGACUGAAUAAUGUACUAUUUCAGUACAUCUUGACGGUUAUUAUUACAACUGGACGGUCGUCAUUAUUGCUAAGAUUGUCUCUGAAAUGUAUUUUACCAAUUAUUUUUACAUUCAAUUAUUCGUAUUUUGUUUUUAUUUGUGUGGAAAUUUUCAAUUAUAAUGAAUAUCGCAGA